AUGUCUUCAACUUCCGCCACUGCUGGUCGGGAGCUCUUUGACCUUGUGAAAAAUUCCAAAUUGGCUCAAGUCUCAACGCCACGUUCAAAACUUAUUAGAUUCUCGCGUACUAAACCAACACACCAAACGAUCUACACACCAACCACAAGUGCUCUCAGAUCUGAUUAUGGUAUGAAAAGAACUUUGCCUGCCAAGUACGGCAAGUCGCACAUUGCAUUUAAUGAUAUUGAUAAUGCAAAGGAAAUGCCAGAUGUUGAAAAAGAAUCCAGUUUCCACUAUACGCGAUUGAUGUUUCAAGAACUUGGCAAACCAUUAGCACAACGCUACUCAACAGAGAAUCCUCUCUUUGCAUCAGCAUCCAACAAAAGCAACCUUCUUCCACCUGAGUACAAAUUAGCCCACUGCUUGAAUUUGCCCGAAAAAAUUUCAACCGGUAAAGUCCUUGAGAUUUUACGACAAACACCAGAUAUAUACAGAAAAUUUAUGGACUACAUGGCCAAAACCCACCCAGAGGUUGUUCUUACAAAUUUUCAAGGAGAAACCAAAGAGUAUCUCAUGGAGUUUUUGAAACAAUCGACUGAAGUGCAAAAGGAAGCAGUCACGAUCUCGACAUUGUCGAGACAUCGCAAAAACAUUGAAGGAACAGCUGGGUUCUCAUAUAACCAAAGAGGAAGACUUCAAAACACACCAAACGGUAUCAAAUAUGAGACCAUUGCUCCAGGUCGUAUGGUGGGUACGAAAGAAGCUGCAAUUGCUGGUUUAACUGCUAGUGUCGCUGAACGUUCGGCAAUGAUGCAAUACAAUUAUGCAAGCAACGCUCCCGGUAAACAUAGUAGGCAAUUUAAUGCGCCUUACCAAAUUAACGAUGCAGAAUUGGCCGAAGAUGGUUCAGUUAGAGUGUUUGCUCUGGGUAUCAAGGUUGGUAACUGGUCAGAAAAUGACAGGAGAUAUGCUGAAGCUAGAAAGAACAUGAGCUUCAAGACAGAGAGAAACAGAGUAAAUGAUGAAAGUUUGGAAAACUUGUUGAACUUGAUCCUUCCAAAGAAAAAGUAA